AUGCCAUCAGAAAUUCAUGGCCUCAAAGGUUCCUGUCUGGUUAUACCGUGCUCUUACUCUUACACUUCAAACCCACCUACUAACCCACGUAGAGUUGUGUGGUAUCAGUAUGUGUUGAGUGGCUACCCUUUAGUUUGUGAUCCCUGGAAUUCAACCCGUGUUAUUGACAAGUUCCGAGGAAAAACUGUUAUAUAUAACCCUACAAACUCAGAUCGGGAUUGUAGUCUGCUGAUCAAAAGCGUGAAUCCAUCCCACAAUGGAGAAAAAUUAUAUACAUGGAUUGACCCAGAAAAUGUUGGAUGGCGCACCUAUAAGUUUUAUGAUGUCACCUCCACGAUUAUUGUUGACACAAAUCCACAGCAGCCCAUCAUUAAUAUUUCUGGAGGUUUAAAGAUCGGUGACAGCAUUACAGUAGCAUGUUACACCUUACACACCUGUCCAUACAGCAAACCAAACAUCAUUCUGAAGGGUAUUGAAGGAUCUGAUAAAAUAGAUGAUGUCCGUAUGGAAAAUGGUCAAUGGAAAACCACUCUGACACGCACCGGUGUUGUGAAGGCUGAACGCUCAGAUAUUGAGUGUACUGUAACACAUCAUGGAGGCAUAACAACAAGAGCUACAAAAUCACUAAGUUCAAAAUGUGUCUAUAAUAUAACCAUUGAGCCUAAACUGUCAGAUAUCAUAGAGGGUGUUGAUUUGAACUUCACUUGCACCGUCUACCAUUCCUGCCAGAUGAAUCCUCCGAUCCUCUCCUGGAACUAUGAAAACAUGCCGGUCAAAGAUGGAAAGAAACAACUUACAGGGCUUGAAUUGGCCACCUUUUCCACCAUAACCUUUUUGGGGGCAAAGAAAGAUGAUGGGAAGAAAUUAAUCUGCACUACAAAUAUUUCUGAACAGAAUAUCACAGCAUCUGUCGACUUACAUGUACAACUUGUUUCCCAGAAUAAAACAGAUGUGAUGACCUUUGACUUGAAGACAAUUGGGCUUUACAUUCUAGCCCCCUCGUUUGCUGUGCUUCUUAUUUGCAUAUUUGCUGGAGUCAUCAUAUACAAGAAGUGUAACACGUCUUCACGACACAGAGUCCAGCGUUCUCUUUAAAAUUGAGGAUUAUGAAGAUUAUUGCAGCAAUAUGGAAGAUCUCAACAUUAAUGGAAACGUCUAAUGAAAAUGCUCCACAUCACCUCCAAAAUGUGCUUAAUACAGUGUUUAAAACAGAAAAACUUUCUCAUGUCAUGGAAAUAGCAUCAAUAUUGUAAUUCACAACUUUUCACUUAAAGGGAUAUUUCUCCCAAAAAUAAAAAAAUUCUGUCGUCAUUUAUUCAUAACUGUUUCAAACCUGUAUGGGUUUCUUAAUUCUGUUGAACACAACAGAAAAUAUUUUGAUAAAUGAUGGUGAGCACACAGUUGCCAUACCCUUUGUUGUCCACAGUAUUUAUUUGUCCUACUGUACUACAGUAUGGCAGUCAAUGGGUACAUUUAAGUGUAUUUGAUUCGAUUUCAUGUUUUCUUUUGUCUUUAGUGUGUUAACAACUGUCUGUGCAUAUAGAAGAUCUGUACAGUUGCAAAUAUUAAAGUUUUAA